CUCCAACACACAUCAUGGUCCCCACACUUCGAAGACUCUACAGCUCAACCUCCGCACCAUCAAUUGCCUCGCAAUUCCUCUCGAAAUCCCAAUCCCUCCCUCCGCACACCCAUACCCAAUUCCUAGGCGCCAACCAACUGCAACGCUUCUCCGCAACGCUCUCUCGGCCUGAGCUCGCCCAAUCGCUCCCAAAGAAUGGCACACCAUUGCCAGCUUGUUACCACUUGGCAUAUUUCACGCCGUCACAAGUUGAGGAGGAAUUAGGUCGAGAUGGAACGGAUACGACGUUUAACCCUCCCCGUCCGUUCACGCGGCGGAUGUGGGCGGGUGGAGAGCUAGAAUGGAUUGGAGGGGAAACGAAUAGGCUGAAGAUCGGACAAGAAGUUACGGAAACGACGAAAUUGGUAUCUGCGGUGGGGAAGAAUACGAGAGCUGGUGAGGAGAUGGUCGUUGUUGGUGUGGAGAAAAGUUAUGAGAAUGAACGUGGUGUGGCGCUGAUUGAUAAGAGAAAUUGGAUCUUCCGCCCCGAAAUCACAACUCCCCAAACGCCAGCUUCAGAGCCGGACCAGGUUCCUCUCCCAGAAGGGAAGUACACACGAGAUUUCACCCAAACACCAGUCACACUCUUUAGAUUCUCAGCCCUAACAUUCAACGCCCAUAAAAUUCAUUAUAAUAGAGAAUGGUGCCGCGAUGUUGAAGGACAUCGAGAUCUAGUGGUCCAUGGACCUUUGAAUUUGAUCAACAUGGUCAACCUGUGGAGAGAUGUGCAGGGUCGAGAUGUUGUUCCGAAGAAAGUUACGUAUCGGGCUACGAGUCCGUUGUAUGCUGGUGAAAGGUAUCGAGUUAUUAUGGAUGAGGAGCAGAGUAAGGUAUCUGAGGUGAGGAUUGUGGAUAGUUAUGGUAAGAUGAGUAUGGUAGGUCAGAUUGAGAGUGCUUGAUGGCAUUUACAAAUCCCCUCUUUAGAAGGAUUAUUCAAGCCCGAAAAAUUUAGAGUGUACAUAUCUCGAAAUGUUCC